CUUACAACUCGAACGGAGUGUCCUCUAAAGCUGCUCUCCCUAUUCUUUCUCUGUGGAAAACAAUGGCAGGAUUUCCACCAGGAGCGCCUGGGUUCGGCUUCGGGGCGCCCCUGCCGCCCCAGGGCUCGGACCCCUUUGGUGGGUCUCCCUAUAUACAUGGCCAUUUGUUGCCAGGUGGCAAGCCUCCGAAGGACAUGAACCACCACCACCACCUUGCGAUGAUGGGAAUGGGAGGAGUAUAUCCACCGGCGGCAUCACCUUCAUCAUGGCAUGCUAACCCUUUUGCAGCUCUGUUGCCCUCGUCGUUCGCACCAGGGACGGACCCAACCCUGGUUGCGUGCUUUCAGAUGGCCGACCAUGACGGUAGUGGCUUCAUAGACGAUAAGGAGCUGCAGAGGGCACUCUCUACUUACAGCCAUGCUUUCAGCCUCAGAACCGUCCGCCUCCUCAUGUACCUCUUCACCGGCAGCAAUAUUUACAGGAUCGGACCCAAGGAAUUCAAUUUGGUGUUCUACAGCCUUCAGAACUGGAGGGCCAUCUUCCUCAAGUUCGACAGGGAUAACAGUGGGAAGAUCGACUCGUCAGAACUGCGAGAGGCGCUUCUGAGCCUUGGUUUCUCUGUUUCUCCAUUUGUCUUGGAUAUGCUCGUCUCCAAGUACGACCGAACUGGUAGAAGGGCGAUCGAAUACGAUAAUUUCAUCGAGUGCUGCCUAACGAUUAAGGGACUUACAGAAAAAUUCAAGGAGAGAGACACCAUGUUCAAUGGUUCUGCAACUUUCACUUAUGACAUGUUCAUGUUCUCCGUUUUGCCCUUCCUCAUUGCAUGAAAAAAUAUACUUGAAUGGAUGCUUGUUUUUUAUGUGUGCUUAGAUCAAUUUUUUGUUUUUUUUUG